AUGAGCAGACCAGGAGUAUGGCAUACCGUAUGGAUGAAUUUCAAGAAAUCUUUGGCUGCUCGAGAAAUGAAAAAGUAUGUCGGUGAGGAUGUGCAUGGAAACCGUUAUUAUCAGAUUCUUGGGAAGCGAAAGAGUGUUAUGCGCGGGUAUGAUCCUAAAAGUCUUAGUUCUCCCGAGCCAUCAGUAGAGUGGCUGGCUUGGUUGAAGGGUACUCGCAAACAUCCGCCGUCAGGGGAGGAGGCGCGAGUUAGAACCAUGAACCAGCAGGCCCAGUCUGUAGAAGAUGCAAACUUAGCACGGAAUGCUCCUCGUGUAGAGGUUUCAAGAAACAAGGAAGCUGCUUCAAUCUCAUAUCCUAGGUAUCCUGACUUAGAAGAUCAACCAGGCGUUCAUAAGCGACGGUGA